CUCAAACCGACUGCAUCCAACCGCACUGAAGACAUAUAUUGCGAUGGCUCGCAAACCUGGGAAUGGCGGCAUUGCCAAAGCGGAUCCCUACGCGGGCGCCGCCGUCCGUAAAGGCAAAGGUAAGAUGGCGAACAACAUCUUCAAGAUGAACACAGACAUCGGCCAGCACAUCCUCAAGAAUCCAGGCGUGGCUCAAGCAAUCGUCGACAAAGCCGAUCUUAAACAAUCUGAUAUCGUUCUGGAAGUCGGCCCCGGUACUGGUAACCUCACGACUCGCAUACUGGAAAAAGCGAAGCGAGUAAUUGCCGUAGAGCAGGAUCCUCGUAUGGCUGCCGAACUCACGAAGCGCUUCCAAGCUACACCUGCUGCGAAGAGACUAGAGCUCAUCCUUGGAGACGUGAUCAAGAUGCCAGAACUACCCUACUUCGACGUUUGCAUAUCGAACACGCCGUACCAAAUUUCUUCGCCUCUGACAUUCAAAUUACUCGCCACCUCACCGUCCCCACGAUCGUGUGUACUCAUGUUCCAACGCGAAUUUGCUAUGCGGCUUUUCGCGAAGCCGGGCGACAAGCUAUAUUCACGCUUAUCAGUCAACGCGCAAAUGUGGGCCAAAGUCGACCAUGUGAUGAAAGUUGGCAAGAACAACUUUAACCCGCCUCCGCAGGUGGAGUCGAAUGUUGUACGGAUUACGCCGAAGACGCCUCGUCCGCAGAUCAGUUACGAUGAGUGGGAUGGGUUGCUUCGCAUAGCGUUCGUGCGGAAGAACCGAGUGUUGCGGAGCGCGUUUUUGGGGACGAGCAGCGUAAUGGAUAUGCUGGAGGCUAAUUACAGGACGUUCUGUGCGCAGAAUGAUGUGGUGCUUGAUGACGGUCCGCUCGAUGAUGCGAUGGCGGGCGGCAUGGACGUGGAUGAGGGUGGGGAGGAUGAAGGGUGGGACGGCAUUAUGGACGUGGACGACGACGAUGAUGUGCCUGACUUCUUCAAAGAAGAGGCUGAUCGCAAAGCGAAGAAGCUGCAAGAUAACCCGAACCGGAAGAGGAAGGGUAAGGUGUCGGAGCUGGUGCGCGCGAAGGUGAAGAAGGUGCUCGAGAUCGAGACCGAGCUGGCUGAGAGGCGAGCACGAAUGUGUGAUGAGGGCGAUUUCCUGAAGCUCCUGUAUGCGUUCAAUCAGGAAGGCAUACAUUUUAGCUAGGAUGCUGUUGAAACAUUAGGAGCGGUGUCUUUUGAGCGAGGCGCAGGAGGCGUUUGCCACGUCUAGUGCAGCGGUGAUGAGCUUGAUCUCGCGUGCAUACUGCUUGUGUUACCUCUUGGAUAAACAUAUAAAUACAGCAUUCUGCAGCAACUUUCGGAAGCUGAUAGGCAGGAUGACAUCUCCCUACAAGGCAUAGGACACAUGAGUGCGAGAAGAGAGUUUCUGACUGUAAAAGCAAGCUUCCGUCCACAAAAAAA